AUGUCGCGCAUGCGUGAAGAUGGAAGAUGCAAGCCCGCUAGUACACUGGAUAUCUAUAAUUUGUUGCAAAAUCAACAAGUUAUAAUUGCAGAAAACUUGUGUCAUAAGGAAACUACAGAAGAAGAUAUGGAUACAAUUUCUUUAUCUGAAAAUGACAGAAAUAGAAAAAAACAUUCAAAAACUCAACAACUGGAAAAUAAAACAGUCAGUGAUAAUAAUGAAGAAACCUUUCCAUGGUUAUUAGAAUUUAAUAAAAGUGUAUGUUCAUCUGCAGGAAAUAGGAAUUAUCAACAUCUCAAACGAUUACUUUUGUUCUAUACCCAGAAUAUUCUUUCUAGUAUGGAAACAAACAAUGUUAAGUUUGACGAUGAAAUUAAUUUAAAAGACAAUAUUAAUAAUAUAUUGAUUUUCUUUCACUUAUAUUGGCUUGAUAUAAAACAGGAGAUAGCUGAUCAUAGUUUGUAUUUAAAUAAAAUGUCAGCAUUAUUGAGUAUAUAUAUAAAUGUGGAAUUAAGAAUUUCUCGAAAAAAAAAUGUAAAGAUUCUUGCAGCAUUGUAUACAUACUUAAAUAAUUCGGAAGAGCAUAUUUUCAGGGUAUUACUUAGGAUUAAACAUAUGACAAAAAAAUGUACACAAAUUUGUAAUCAUAUAUUUGUGAAGAGCUUCGCUAAUCUCAAGAUAAAAAGGAAGUCCUUAACAGAUGUAACUUAUAUUCGAUAUUUGCUCGUCUUUAAAAUGUGGAAGAAAAUAGAAAAGCUUUCUGAUAAAAAAGAAAAAGUUGAUGAAUUAGCUUUAAAGCUGCUAGGACCGUAUAUGCCAAAAUUGCGAGAUGAAUUAUUAGAAUUUGUCCCUAGACCACCUAUAAAUCGGAAGGAUGAAACGUUAUGGUUAUUACAAUCAAAUUCAUUUAAUUUAGAGCAAGUGCAUAAAAAUUUUCUACUAUUUGAAGAUAAAAUGGAUGAACAUUUUUCGCUACAUGAAGAUCAAAUUGAUAAACAUUCUCUGCUGCCAGAAGAUAGAAUUGACAACUCUGCAGAUUUACAAUGUACCAAGGCGGUUUACCUUGGUCAAAAAAACUGCUUAAAGUCUCAGAAAUAUGGAUUUCUGAAACAGAUGGAUUUACUACAUCGGAGCAAUCCUAACAGGAGUAAUCUUACAUCUAAUCAAGAAAAAAAUAAAGAUUUAAAUAGUUUGCAAAACAAUAAUAUGCCACUAGGUAUUAAAAGAAAAUCUUCAGAACAAAUAUAUCUGCCAAAAAAGAAAAAAAGAGGCCUUAAAUCAAAAAAAGUGAAAAAUAAGAAAGAAGAAGAAUCAAGGAAAGUUAUAAUUAUUGAUUUAACUGGAGAUGAUGAAAUAAGUGUUCCUUGUAAAAGAAAAGGGAUUAAACAUAAUUUGAAAUUUUUGAAAAUCAUGAAAGACAUUAUAAAAAAUAAAAAGUAUAUCAAUACUUUAAAACAUUCCAGUAAGUUCAUAACAAGUAUGAAUGAAAAGAGUUCUAAUAGAGAUAGAAAAAGCACAGCUGAAAAAGUUUUGGAACACAAAUUUAAUCUUAACAGCAAAAUUAGUGAUAAUAAGAGUUAUACUUCAAUUAGCAACAAAUAUUCAUUAAAUAUCAAUUUUCAAAAAAGUGAACAUUUAAAGUUUGAUCAGGAUAAAGAGUCCAAAAUUAUGACAAAUGUAUUGAAAGGAAGUAAACCAGAAAAUGAUGUAUCAUCACAUAUGACAUGUAUGACAGAAAAUGCAAUAGGCUUAUAUAAUAAUACAAUGACACAAAAAGAGACGUUAACCUCUGAAGAACAAAUGGACACUAUACCUUAUGGACCUUUAUUGAAAAUGUGUCAAAGUGAUAUUGUGGAUUUUUUCAAACAGGAAAUACCAAUAACAAAUUGUGAUGCAAUGCAAUCUUAUAGUUGGAAAAUGUCACAAAUAGUAUGUCAUCAACUUAACAAAUGUGAAGAUUGUAAAAAAAUUUAUUCUAAAUCAUUCAUAUUUCCUGACAGUACCACACAAGAACAUAGUACAUUUACUAAGAAUGAUGUCAAAGCUUGUGGCAAUAUAGUUUACAUAAAAAGCAACACACGUUGCGUCAUUAUGCCUCAUAAUGAUGAUAUCGUGACGUGUUGUGAUAUGCAUAAGAAAGAAGAAAGAAUGCAAUGCCAACAUGAUUCUAAUGACAUGUAUACUACAUUCACUGAAGAUCAAAUAAAGUCGUCAUUAGAUAAUCAGAAUAUUAAUCUUGAUGAUAAAAGGAAACAUGGCUCCAAACAUUCCGAAACUGCAAUAAAGCCACAACAGGCAAAAAGCGAUUGCGAUAUUUUAUUGUCAAAUGAUCAAUUACCUCCCACUGAACAUUUUUUUUCUUAUAUAGAUUCCGAAUAUUCUAAUAUGGAUUCAAAAGAAGCUAAUGAAAUAAUGGAGACUUAUUGUAAUGGAGACUUAUUAUUAAGCGAAAACAUCAGUUCCUUCGAUAAUCAAAUUGGAAUUUUGGAAAUUCUAGAAAACAUGUCGAACAAAACCACGAACUUUUUUCAACAAUCUCCAUUUGAAUCAGAUCAUAUACAUACAAAUACAUUUUUAAGCGAAAAGGAUAUUUUAUGCAAUAAUCAAAACAAUGCUAUUAACGCUACAGUAAAUUCAAUAACAUUUGAAUAACCUAACCGAUUAACAGCUUUCUAUCAUUUAUCAGCAAAGUCUGAUAAAUUCAAUACGUUAGUACAUCGUAAAUUGUCAAUCCAAAAUGUCUCGCACAACAUCUUUAACUAAUUCAAAUAUCGCAUUUUUAGGUUUCCAAGAAGACAUGGAAUUUUAAUACUCUUUUUGAUAAGUUAAAUAACGAUGCCUUAAUCAAGCAUUUUUUAUAUUCACAAAAAGGAAGAUAUUAAAGGUUCUUUUACAUCCUGAAGAACAGAUUAAACUAAUCUUAAAUGAAUUUUGUGCUUCCAAGAAUAUGUCGUUAAAUUUAUUAACAACUUAUUUA